GUCGAUUAAAGAAGAAAUAACAAAAAUGACUUGAAAUGCGGUGGUGCUUUAAGCUGUACAUUUCUAUGGUGGAGGAGAGUCCUUCCUAAUCCAACCUGGAAUCUACACUUCUCUCACCUCUCUUCAAAAUUAACACUAUACUACUCUCUUCUCUACUACUGCCUUCACCUUCACCUUCACCUUCACCUUCACCCUCUUUCUCUCUCCUCCCAGCAAACAAACAAACAGACCAAGAAAGAGAGAGACAUUAUUAAAUUUUUAUUUGUAAGAAUAUUUCAUCUUCAAUUUCUAGCCAUUGUUUUAGAAAACUAAUUUAAGAAAUUUUUAUUAUUUACAAAAUUACUCUGUGAGAGGAGAGAGAAACUUCUUCUUCAUCAUCAACUGUGGGUGGGUGGGGUUACUGCACACCACGUACCACCUCCACCACCACCACCACCACUACUAUCAUCACCGUUUACCAAACUUCUCCGCCAUGGAUUCUCUUCCUCCUCCGCUUCUCUCCUCCCUGCUUCCGUCGCAUUCUAUCUAAAAGGAGGAGAGAGAUUACACCACCCCCACCACCAACGACAAUAAAAACAAAAACAAUUUUCUAUAGAACAAUUCCAAGAUUAAUUUGUUGUGUGAAGAAAGAGAUUAGAUUCGGAUUCCUAUUUCAGAAUUUUAUUAAAGACUCACAGAUUUUCCGAAGAACCCUAGGCGUCAAUUUUUCCCCCAAUUUUGGUUGUCAAAAUGCGGUGGCUUCUCCGAUUUUCCGGCUUCUUCUCCGCCGCGUUAAUCAUGAUAAUUCUGUCUCCUUCCCUUCAAUCCUUCCCGCCAGCAGAAGCCAUCCGAUCAUCUUCACCAUUUUCAGAUCACAGAUUCUCUUUCCGAAGCUCCCCGGCUUUUCGUAACGCGGACGAAUGCCGCUCCACCACCACUGCCACCAGCGGCACAGCCGUUAACGUCUGCGACCCCUCAUUGGUCCACGUCGCGAUCACUCUGGAUGUGGAUUAUCUCCGAGGGUCAAUCGCCGCCGUACAUUCCGUCUUGCAACACUCCUUUUGCCCGGAGAAUGUGUUCUUCCAUUUUCUCACCUCCAUUGAAACUCAAAACCUCGAAACCCUUGUCAAAUCCACCUUCCCAAACCUCAAAUUCAAGCUCUAUGCCUUCGAUGACCGCAUCGUUCGACCUUUAAUUUCCACCUCUGUUCGUCAAGCUCUAGAACAACCUUUGAAUUACGCCCGGAAUUACCUCGCCUCCCUCCUCGAACCCUGCGUUCGUCGCGUCAUAUACCUCGACUCUGAUCUUAUCCUUGUUGACGACAUUGCCAAGUUAUGGAAUACAAGGCUUGGGUAUAAAACAAUUGGGGCACCGGAAUACUGCCAUGCCAACUUCACAAAGUACUUCACCCCGGUAUUCUGGUCAGAUAAGCGGUAUUCCAACAUCUUUAAGAACCGGAAACCAUGCUAUUUCAAUACAGGGGUGAUGGUAAUUGAUCUAGUGAAAUGGAGGGCGCAGGGAUACACUAGGAGAAUCGAACGGUGGAUGGAGAUUCAGAGAAAAGAGAGGAUCUAUGAGCUAGGUUCAUUGCCACCGUUCCUUUUGGUAUUCGCCGGGCACGUGGCACCAAUCGAACACCGGUGGAAUCAGCAUGGACUAGGAGGUGAUAAUGUUAGAGGAAGUUGUAGGGAUUUACACCCUGGUCCAGUUUCUCUCCUCCAUUGGAGUGGCUCAGGGAAGCCAUGGAUGAGACUUGAUGCUCGUAACGCUUGUCCUUUGGAUUCUCUUUGGGCUCCUUACGACUUGUACGUGCAUACUACGCGUCGGUAACUUCCACCCGUUUUUUUAAUAUAAUUUUAAUGAUUUUUACGGGUUCGUUUAAUUUUUCAUUUUUUUUUACUCUUCCCCUUGUGAUUUUUAAUUUAUGUUCUUUUCUUCUUUCAAUUUCAAAAUGGGGGAAAUUGUCAAUUUUUUUGGUCUUUAAUUGGAUGAAAGGUUGGAUGGGUAUUAACUUUUGUCAUCAAUCAUCGGGAAAUGGAGAGUAUCAUGAUAUUAUGGGAUGAAGUACAUCAUUAGUUUAUGAGGGUGUUUGUAUUUGUUGCUAAUUUGCUACUCUUAUCCGAUUGUUAUUGUUGUUAAUUAUCCUCAAUAAGAAAUAAGCAAAAACAAUUGAAAAAAGUUUAUGACGAAUUCUUCCAUUUGUGCU